AUGAAUAAAUCAAAAGUAAACAGUAAUAAUGAUCGACGAAAAAUUCUUUCAACAUCACCAUUAAUUCUAUCACCAUCAACAAAUCUUUUAUUUAAUCAAAUAUCACAAGCAUCAUCAAUGGAUUUAGAAAUACCAAAUAAUUUACAAAAUUCAAUUCCAAGGUCAACAUUUGAUUUAGAUGUUGAAGUAAUACUUGAUUUUCAGCGAACGACAUUUGGAGAUUGUUCUUUUGAUAUACAUGACCUGACCAAUUUGUGA